AAUAUAACAUCUAGCUGCUGGCUGGUAUUACUAUUAGAUACUUACCCAGCAACGAAAUAAAGUUGAUCGUCAUUAGCAAGCAAUGGCAGGUGAAGUAGCAGUGAGGAAUAAGCAGGUGAUAUUGAGGGACUAUGUGUCUGGUUUUCCCAAAGAGUCAGACAUGUAUGUCACAACUGAUAGCACAGUAAGUCUGAAGGUUCCAGCAGAGACGAGAAAUGCUGUUCUACUCAAGAACCUCUACUUGUCCUGCGAUCCCAUGAUGCAAUUCCUCAUUAGGACUAACUCUAAAAUGAGAAAAUACGUCUAUUGCACUCCUGGCUCUCCAAUUCGUGGGUAUGGUGUGUCUCAAGUUGUGGACUCGAGUCAUCCAGAGUAUAAACAAGGUGAUUUGGUGUGGGGGUUAACCACAUGGGAAGAGUACAGCCUCAUCACAGAUAUGGUCUCUGAAACCUCACUCGUUAAAAUACACCACACUGAUGUCCCUCUUUCUUACUAUACUGGACUUCUUGGCAUGGCUGGUAAGACUGCUUAUGCUGGAUUCUUUGAAGUAUGUCCUCCUAAGAAAGGAGACAAGGUGUUGGUCUCUGCAGCAUCUGGUGCAGUUGGUCAGCUUCUCGGACAAUUCGCUAAGUUGGCUGGCUGUUAUGUUGUUGGAUCUGCCGGAUCUAAAGAAAAGGUUGAUCUACUAAAGAACAAGUUGGGGUUUGAUGAGGCUUUCAAUUACAAGGAGGAGAACGAUUUAGAUGCAGCUUUGAAAAGGUACUUUCCUGAAGGAAUUGACGUCUACUUUGAGCAUGUGGGUGGGAAAUUGUUUGACGCAGUGCUGCUCAACAUGAAAGAACACGGUCGCAUUGCUGUGUGCGGAAUGAUCUCACAAUACAACCUUCCCGAGCCUGAGCCACUCAAAAACCUGUUCCAGAUUGCAUUGAAGCGGCUCAAUAUACAUGGAUUUACGCAUCGCGAUUACGAUCACAUAGUACCCAAGUACUAUGAGUUUGUGCUGCCUUACAUCCGGGAAGGUAAAAUAGUGUAUGUGGAAGACAUAGUUGAAGGGCUUGAGAAUGGUCCAGCAGCACUGGUUGGACUCUUUACUGGUCGCAACUUUGGGAAGCAAGUAGUUGCAGUUGCACCACCUCGACCUUAAUAUAUCCAGAUCGAGGAUGUUCCUUCAUUAAUCCACAUGAUCACCCGCCUAGCUAGUAAUAAAAUUACCUUGUCUUCACUGGGAUUAAUUCAAGCCUUGUAUUGUAUAUUUGUAUUGUAUGUCCAUUCCUUAAGAGAAAUAAAGAUUUGUGUUGUAACCGGUUACACUGUAUCUGUGCCAUUUUUUACGGAAUGAUUCUAAUACGGAUGUAUAUGA